UCCCCUUUGCCUCAUCAAGAAGCCUCCGUCGCUCUCGCAAAUGGCUUCCCUAGUGAAGAUUGUCGUCUUCAUCAGUUUCGUUCAGUUGUGCCUCGGAGGGAGGAGCCUUGCUGCUCUUGUACAGCAAACCCCUCUGGUUCUGAGCUACCACAGGGGUGUUCUGCUUCAAGGCAACCUCCCCAUAAGCUUUCUCUGGUAUGGUCAGUUCACAGCCCUUCAGAGGUCCAUCAUUGGUGAUUUCCUUAUCUCCCUCAACCAACAGAAUCAAGAGAAGAGCCCUUCUGUUUCUUCUUGGUGGAAGCUCACAGAAGGGUACUUGGCCAAGGCAGGCAGGCCUGGUACCACUAGGGUUUGGCUUGGGAAGCAGGUGUUGGAUGAGAAGUACUCAUUGGGGAAGGUUCUCAAGAGGGCCCAAAUCAGAGAGCUAGCUGCCAAAGCGGCCAUACCCGGUGGCGUCACUCUUGUUCUCACAUCGAAGGAUGUUGCAGUGGAGGGCUUCUGCAUGAGCAGCUGUGGCCUUCAUAGCUCUGCUCCUAUUCUUGGUCACAGAGGAGGAAAGGCGCAGCGAUUUGCUUACAUCUGGGUGGGCAACUCGGAGACCCAAUGCCCAGGACAGUGCGCUUGGCCAUUCCACCAGCCUAUCUACGGGCCUCAGUCCCCACCUUUAGUGGCACCAAAUGGUGAUGUGGGCGUCGAUGGUAUGGUCAUUAACAUUGCUAGCAUGUUGGCUGGAACGGUGACGAAUCCUUAUGGGAAUGGCUUCUUCCAGGGCCCUGCUACCGCCCCUCUUGAAGCUGCUUCAGCAUGUCCAGGUAUAUAUGGUAAGAACGCAUACCCAGGCUAUGCAGGGGACUUACUGGUGGAUUCUACAACGGGUGCGAGCUAUAAUGCUAAUGGGGCCAAUGGCCGUCGGUUUCUGCUGCCUGCACUUUGGGACCCUAAGACCUUUGCUUGUUCCACUCUUGGAUGAACUCUUAAGGACUUUGAAUAUGAAGAUCAGAAGGAAGGAAAAAUGCAGAAUGUGUUUACAGCAAAAUAGACGCAACAGAGGUUGCUGCACAGAGAAGUAUGUAUGUAUGUAAAUAGUAAAUGCCACUGCUAUAUCUACCUUCCUAGUUGUUUGGCUCUUGUUUAGAACUGGAAAUCUUGAACUGGGUGAAGAAAGAAGAAAACCUGCAGGUUCUGUACAUAGAAUAAGCAUCAGAGUCUUCUGUAAUGGAACUUGUGUGAGUGCCAAUACUAUGUCCCGUUCUCUGUCGUUCUGUGCUGCUGGAAAGUUGCUCGGAUAAAUUUGAAAACAGAAGAUGAUGACCCAUCACCCAACUUCUGUUAUGAGCAGCUCCCUGAAUUGUGUUAAUCGACCCUGAGUUGCCUUUUGUGGAAUUCGGAUUAUGGAGGGAGGGGAGGACCCUUGGCUAAUGCAUAGAAAAUGAAACGAUUUGCUGCGUUAAGACUGCCGACCUUAUUCCCGCAGGGCUUAUAAAAUUGUAAGACUUCAUUUGCUGAAGCUGAUGAUGCAUAUUUCUAUGUUAUUGUUUUCCUCCCACGGAAAAUCCAUGAAGCAAUAGCUGAGUGGAAUAAUCCUGAAAUGGCCAACAGCGAAAGUGACAAUAUUCAGCAUACUUCUAUAAGACAUCGUCACGUGAACCUUGGGUUU